GAAUAAGGAACUGACGAGACCAAGAACUUUGAAAACUUGAGGUUUAGCGCAAACCUCAAGAGUGAAACGUGUGUCUGACGAGUUCUUCGUGUCUUCGCUGGGGCAUCAGCACAAAGUGAUUCCAGUCUAUUCUCUAUUCUGCAUGGAACGAUAAAGCCACCGGGGAUUUUUCAUUUUUUUUUUCUCUGGCAUUACAUUCAAUCAUUUAUAUUUAUUUUUCAUUAAUUUCGGGCAGGCAAAUUUGGUCAUUAUCAAAAUGACUAUUAAACUCUGGAUCAUCCUCUCCUGUGCGGUCGUUGCUGUCUCCUCUGCUGGCAUUCUCGAGACCCUUUUGUCCUGGGACGUGCGGGAUAGUGAGGCAAGAUCCUCGACACCUCAGUCCAAGUGCUUGUGUCAGACGUCGGGAUGCCUCUGCUGUGUCGACCUCAAUCUGACGUCAACAAUAGACCUGGGGGGACCAGCCUGUGUCAAUAUCAAACAGAAGGAGGAUAAUGUGUCACUGCACAUGAGUUAUGGGGACAAUCCUGUUCACAAUGCAACCAUCAGGAUCGCGGAUGCAGCGAACAAACCGACGUGCAUGAAUCUUCUGUCGGAUUUGGCUCAGCUCUGUGCAAAAUUCACGACAAUGAAACGUCAGGAUUCAGGACAUGACGGAUGUCUCGUCGUCGAGCCUGCCCUUAUGAGGACACCCCAGGCCACUUAUCACAUGGGAUGUUUCAAUUUUAAUCAAGGAGUCCGCCAGAUUCAGUCCUCCAUAAUUGAGACAACACCUGCGACUACCCAAGAGGAAGAGGAAGAAGAGGGCUUGAACACAGAGGAGCUGCUGGCAGCGGUGUCUUCAACAGCUGAACAGGGAAUAGCCCUUUUUUCAAAAUGGUUGGGAAUAAGCCUGAACCCGAAGCUGAACCUGACGAGCCCCAAGGAGGAGUCCACAGAGGCCCCAGCUGUUCGCCAGGAGUCGAGAUCAGGACGAAAUCUCGAUAAUCACUCGACAACACCUGAGGAACGAAGUGAGGAGCGUUUUAAGCAGCUGCUGAGUGCUCAGGACAACAUAAUGAGGGAAUCAGCGAGAAUUGGACCGAUAAACGACGGCCAAACGACAUUCGUCUUUCCAAAAUCCAUGGAAAAUCCUGAAAAUACCAAGAGUCAAGCCCCAUUUGUACCCAGGGAGUCCCGAAGAGGAGGACGAGCCUACAAUAUCCAUCAACACGUCAAUGAAAUCUAAUCAAUCCUGUUUAUUUAUUAUCUUUAAUCACUAUUUAACAAAAUCACUUGUUUCAUUAUUUAUCGGUCUUGGAAGCAUCUCGUAAUGAAAUAAAGCACAAAAAUUAAAGUCCUGAUUGUUUACCAACUUUACAGUGAUUUUUUGGGUUUCUAUGCUUGAUUAUAUACAUGUUAUAUAAAUUUUAUCUGAUGUAUAGAGCAAUAAAAAACAUUUUAACGUAGAAAAAUUGCUUGUAGGCAAAUUCGUACGCUUAUAUCGUUAGACAUUGGUAUUUUUUAAUGUAAUUAAUUUUAUAUUAAUUAUUAUAAUAAAAAUGGUGUAUAGAUA